GGUGAAAGCUGCGUUUGCUGGCUGCAUCCAUUUCCCAUCUGAGCGCAGCGAGCGUCAGCGUACGCCAUAUCUCGGCUUAUCUUGGUUUGAUCAGCUUUGAUUGUGAGCGCACAUCUCUUCACACACUUUGCGAGAUCGGCACAUGGCUUGAGAUUCUCCGACCACUUCUCAGCUCAGCACGGUUGACCGCGGACACUGUCAGAAUGGACGACGAAGAGCAGCUCUCAGAUACAGGCUCAGCAGAAGCCCUGUCAGAUGAGGACGACAAUCUGGUGACUGAGUAUACGGAGCAAAGCCGGCAUGCAGACCCUUACAACCCUUACCAGCUUGCGCGUCGACAUUUGCAAGGACAAAAGCGCCAAUCUAUCACGUACAGCCACCAUGCAGUCCCUUCUGAGGACUAUCCGAGUUCGCACGCCUCGGAUCGACCAUCGGGCUUGCUCGGAUUGCCCGUCGAAGUGCUCACUAGUAUAGUGACCGAAACCGGUCACGAUAACACGGGCGAUCUCUUCGUGCUCCAGCAAGUAUGUCGCACACUUCGCUACGUUAUGAGGCAAGAUGUCAUCUGGUGUCAAGUAAUGGACAUCCCGAUGGGUAACGACGUUGGCCAAGCCGGCAAGCGUGCGAGAGAGGCUGCUGCAAGGCAGUACAACUUUAUCUGUGUUGCGUGUAACCAUUACGAGCGUUACCCACAUCGAGCCAUCGUCAACAAUGGACGGUACUACAGCUUCUGUCGCAAAUGCUACCUACGCGGCAUCGAUAUGCACAGGUGGGAGAGAACACUCAGAGACCAUUCUGUCGCCUACUGGUCCUAUGCAGCGGCGCAGAGACAUCCGCCUGAGAACUAUGAUCCCGUGGAAAUCAUGCAAGACGCCUGGCAAAGGCAGAUCAGUCUCUGGAUGGUCGACAAGCGUCUCUUUGGCCUCAGCGGCGAAGAGAUUUGGGCACCCGAUCUGCCCGAAUUUGUCACAGACGAGCUCAUGGAUCUCUGCCGUCAGUACGUCUUUCACUGCGGAGAGGUACAGAUACCGCUUGAUGAAGUGGCAAAAGCUGCACGACUCAUUGACAAACGAUACAAGCAGUAUACAGCAUGGCAAAUCAGCCACGCAGCAGUACUUGCACGCCUCGAACGAGAGCUUACUGCGCAUAUGAUCUGGCAGCGACAUGCGAAAGUAGAGAAACUCAAAGGCUUUCUCGAUCUCAAGUCGAUCGGUCUCCAUCUGGCCAGACGUGAGGUCCAGCUCCUUGGACGCGAGAUUGGCAGACUGUCAAAGCCAGGCCUCUCUGCGUAUGCGUACACCGUUCAUCCGAUCGUGCUGUUGCAUCAUGACGAAAGCAUACCCCUCAAAGAUCAGCUCGACAAAGUGCCCGUCUGGAUCGCAGAGACUGUCGACCACAUUGCAAUGACUAGGCACACAGUGUGCAUGCAAGCGGCUAAAUUUAAAGCCUCGAUCGUUCUUCUCGAACAUGGAAGCAUCCCGGCCAUACACCGUCGUCAGACGACCAGGAUCCGCGAGCAUAAAUUUCCGAGAGACGUCGCAGCCGUCUGAAUUGACUGCGUACUGAGGACAGGAAAGAGCGGGAAUGGGAAAGGAGCAUUAGGAAGGAUGUUGACUGAGCUAUCAUGAAGCGAAAAGACGAGAGCUGGACAGCGUGACCUCCAUCCUAUAGAUGUCCACCUGUCGUCUCUUCGCGUCGCAGUAGCUGAGGACAACAAUGAGCAGCCCUUGCCGAGCUUCUUUUGGCAGCCUCACUAAUCAAAG